UGUUGGGUAUAGUGGAGUUAGUUUUUUCCAACUGCUAGCCUACACGUCAAGCUGCUGCAACCCGAUCACGUACUGUUUCAUGAACAGCAGCUUCAAGAAGGCCUUCCUGAAUCUAUUCAAGUGCUUCAAAAGGUUCAGAGGGUCGGGAAACUACGCGCUCGCCAGCAGCGGCAUAAACAUGGAGUCCAAGUCGAGCAACAAUCGGGCGUCCGAAUGAAAACGCGCCACCUCAUUUUAUUUCGUUAGAGACGAUUUAUAGCAG